AUGAGCAUUGCAGGAAUGCGAUUUUUCCACACAUUCUACGUCAUGCUACUAAAGAACGCGCUCAUAGCGUAUCGUAGCCCAAUAUGGACUAUCUUCGAACUAGUCGUACCAAUUAUUUUGGGCAUGAUCUUACUACCAAUAAUAACGUUUGGUAGCAGUGUUUCUUCUAUGGCUACAGUUUUACAAAAUAUGAAUGGCUCAGCAUCUUCUGAAAGAAACUUCAGUCCUAUAUCUUGCUCGUUGAUCCUCAUGUUUUAUGUCAAUUCUGGUCCAGACAAGGACGACAUAGAAAUACUCCUUAAUAACACACCCAUGGAAAGGACCAGGUUUAAUUCUUCUGCUGUUAUGAUUGAUUAUUUGGAGAUGACGAAGUCGUUUGGAAUCGAGUUCAUAUUGUUUAAGGAGAAGAGACUUGUUUACAAGGUAUAUAAUAUCGAUGAUUCGGAAAAUGUGUUUGCAGUGAGCGCAACCACGGAAGUGUUUUCAACGCAAACUUCCACAUAUAAUCUAAUCCCCAUUCCUCCGAGCCCUAAGGACGAAGCAAUUGCUGUCCUUCAAGUAUGUCUCACACUCGCUGUUGAAAAAAAGAGCUUUGAUGAGAAGAUUGGGUUUGAUUAUGAGAUUGUCAAUGUAGUGUCGAACGAAGAUUCUACAGUUAGGGGCCCAUUAACCUUUCUUUCUGGAGCGCUACCAAUGUUACUUAUGCCAAUAGUAAUGCACACAGCUAUGACAACUGCAUCAGAAAAAGAAGGAGGAAUGAAGGAGUUUCUCUUAGUGAUGGGUCUCGACAGAGUAACAAAUUUUCUCGGAAUUACUGUAUUCUCAUUGCUGAAAGUCUUACUGGUAAUCGCAAUCAUAGUGAGAAAUUUGAUAUUUGAGAUACCGCGUGCUAUGUUACCAAUUCUGGUCCCUUCUCUCUUUUUAUUCAGUCUCGGCAUUGUAAUGAUGGGGAUGUUGUGCGCGGCGUUCGUCAAAACAAGCAAUGGGGCGUUAACAGUAUCUAUGUUGGUCCUUAUUUUGAUGUUUUUCGUCCAGUCCAUUAUGUCAAAUAUAUAUGAUACCAGUUUUAUACACUACUUGUGUCACUUGGAUUUUCUUGUUGCAUACGGCAAUGUUCUAAAUAGCUUGCGUCUGCACUAUAUGCGAGGGAAGAACAAGAUUUAUUUGUCAAAACUUUUCUUAUACGAUGAUAUCAUUGACGUGGGCCCAUCGCUGACUCUCUUCUUGAUUACCAUUAUUCUUAUGAUGCUCCUUGUUCUGUUUCUUGACUACAUAUCAUUGAAAUCGCUCUUACCUUGUUUCUAUGACAAAUUUGGCAAAAAGCUUGUUGAUAUCAAAGCUUCUGAAGUUGCACAAAGAUCCUCCUGGCACGAAGAAGCAGAAGGAGUCGGUGAACCGGCUCUCGAUGUUGACUCUGUGAGCAAGAUUUGGGAAACAACAGGCGAAGUGGCUGUCCGUAACUUCAAUAUGAAAGCAUAUCGUGGACAGGUAACCGUACUUUUGGGGCACAACGGAGCAGGAAAGAGCACAACUUACGCAAUGAUUUGUGGUACAACACCAGCAACCGCCGGAACAAUCACAGUUCUUGGGGAACAAAUUUCUACGAGUAUAUGUGGGAUGCGUCCAGCCGUUGGAUUUUGCCCGCAAACGAAUUGCAUAUAUAAGAAGCUUACUGUAGAAGACCACCUUUGGUUAUUUUUCAUUCUGAAGGGAGGCAAAGGUGUUUGGAAAGAUGAAGCCGACCUUCUUUGUAUACAGCUGGAUAUGGUGCAUCUUUCGAAAAAGAAAGCAGGAAAGCUUUCUGGAGGAGAAAAGCGUAAGCUAUGUUUGGCAAUGGCUUUCAUCGGUGGAAGUGAGCUGGUGAUGUUGGAUGAACCAACAGCAGGUCUAGAUCCUCAAUCAAGAGUAAUUGUGAAGAAGUUGAUAGAAACGAAGAAGAAGGACAGAGCCAUUGUUUUGACAACACAUUACUUGGAUGAAGCCGAAGCAAUGGGAAAUUUCAUGUACAUUAUGUACAUGGGAACUUGUAUGUGUAGCGGAACUCCAAAUUUUCUUAAAGCAAGGUUCGCACCUGGGAUCAUUCUUAACCUAGUGUUUUCUCAAAAUGUUUCCAAGGAAGUGGUUGAUGCAGCAGUACAGGUUGUGAAAGAACACAUUGAAGAAGCCGAAGUUGGUGAAAUGAACGGGAAACAACUUCGCAUUGAAAUGCCGAGGAAUCAGCGAGAGAACAUUCCGAAAUUAUUUGCUGAACUUGAGAAUAAGAAAGAAUCGCUUAAAGUUGACAGUUUCGGUUUAUCGAUGAACGCACUUGAAGAGGCAUUUUUGAAAAUAGGAGAAAUCGGCGAGAAAGCAUCAUCGCAUGAAAAACCACGAGCAUUCUUUCAAGAUCCGACAAUAAUGGAUCUACGUAAAGGAUUUUGCGAACGAAUAUUGCAACAGAUCUUCUAUAUUUGGUUUCAAAAAGUCCACAACGCACGUCGCAACAUUUCGCUAAUAACAAAUCAGAUAAUAUUUCCUCUCGCUUUGGCAAUUCUAAUCGGUUGGAAGGCAGGAAACAGUACUCGCAGCGAAAUAACAAGUGUCGAAGAUCCCGAUAUGUCUCUCAACCGAAUAAAACGUGGCCGUUUUUUGAUAUUCGAUGCUUUUAAUAGCACGGAUAAAGUGGAACUCAUUGAGAAAGCUUUGGAGAAGUAUCCGAACAUCGAGAUCAUGCAGUACAGCUCAAACAAUUGGGAAGAACUAUGGCCGACGGAUUUUCCUUGGGCAGCCGGAGGUGUUAUAAUUCGGAGCGAAACGGAAGUCUCUGUGGGAUCACAAAACUAUUCCUGGUUGAUACCCUCAUACAUAUACCAUAAAGAGCAGACACUUUUCCAUUUUAUCACCGACGUCGAAUAUGCAGCAGGGAAUCUCCAGGUGCACGUCAUGGUUACGUAUAUUUCGAAAGAUGUCGGAACUCUCUCAAUGCUUUUCCUGAUCCCUGCUCUGAUCUUUCUGAUUGCUGUUAUGCUCAAUUCCACAUUUGUAACCCCGUUGCUCGAGGAGCGGUUGUCCAAUUUUAGACACCAGCAAAUGUUAGCUGGAUUGUCACCAUUGGUUUUUUGGGCAACAACGUUCGUCUGGGACUCAUUCAUCAUAGGUUUUGUUACGUUAACGAUGAAGUUAAUAUUUGUGAUUUAUAAAGUCAAUAUAAAUUGGAUGCUUAUGUUUUUGUUUUAUGCAUACUGCGUUACAAUACUUCCACUAAUCUACGUUAUUUCUUUAUUUAUUGACGGAAAAGGAAAGGCUGAAUUUCUUUGUCAGGUGUAUCAAAUCGGGACUGUUGUUGUCGUGUUCAUCCUCAUUUACCGAGGACAUGAAAUACAAACCGUUUAUUUUUUCCCAUGUUACGCAUUUGGACGCAUUCUCCUAACAGAACUUCUUCCCGACCUAACACUGAGUGGAGAGAAUGUGUCAAAUGGAGAUGCAGUUGUAUCAUUUCUAGUACAUGGUGGUAUCUUUUCAUUUCUCCUAAUUAUUCAUGAAUUUCACUUCGAUAGAUAUCUACUGAGGGCACUGUUGAAGAAAACCUACAUCGAGAAAAGUGAUGUACCGGAUGAAGCGGACGUCAUUGAAGAGAGGGAAUUUGUGGAGAAUAACAUUUCAGAACUCGCCUUAGCUGUACAGAACCUUACCAAAUAUUAUGGGACGAACUGUGCUUUGAAAAGCACUACUUAUGGCAUCCGAGAAGAAGACUGUUUUGGUCUUGUUGGUGCAAGCGGAGCCGGAAAAACAUCCACGUUUGACAUAAUAACAGGACUUCGAUUUGCUAAUAAUGGAAGUGUCUUCAUCGGUAACAAGUUUGUGAAUAGAACUCAGGGAAUUGGCUAUUGCCCACAGUCAGACGCAUUGCUACCUCGCCUAACGUGUGAGCAAAACAUGAAAGUUAUUGCUGGGCUUCUAGGAUAUCGACAUCCGAGAAUGGUAGCUGAUGAAAUGUUCCGGUUCUUGGACCUCACAAAGCAUGCGGGCAAAGCGUUUGGAAAGUGCAGUGGUGGACAAAAGAGAAGAGUUAGCAUAGGUGCGGCACUGUUGAACCCUUCAAGACUCGUAAUUCUUGACGAGCCAACUGCUGGAAUAGAUCCGAAAACGCGCCAUCAUGUCUGGUCGCUUCUAAAAACAAUGCGUAUUAGUGGUCGAGCACUGCUGCUUUCAUCACAUUCUAUGGAAAAAUGUGAAGCGCUUUGUUCACGAAUAGGUGUCCUUGUUCGGGGAAGACUUGUUGCCAUAGGAGCAAGUCAAACGCUUAAAUCCAGGCAUGCACAUUACUUCUUUCUUCAUAUGACGCUAAACUCACAAGAAGACAAAGAUACUGUAAUCAGUAAAGUGCUGAAAACAUUCCCAUCAGGUGAUUUGGUGCCAGCUCAAAGUGGCUCACUUUAUUUAAAAUUUAAGAUUCGACAAAGAAAGGAAGAACGAAUUUCGAUGCUUUACGAAACGGCCGAAGAAAUGGCAUCAUCAUUACCAUUAAGCGAAUUUUUCCUUAUACAAGCUUCACUGGAAGAUGUCCUUGAGAUACUUAACGAACAAUAUGGCGGAAAAAUCCUUUGA